UGCCCCUUGACAGCAGCGGUUCUGGCAAGCAGCCACCAUCCUACCCCCGCCACACGCACGACCAACCGCGGCGCGAUCCUCUGUGCGGCUCCCGGCUUCUCGCCCACGACUCACACACGCGCGAAUCUUGCUGAAGAGCCGCCCGCCAGCUACCGCUCUUCGAUUCGCAGUCUGUCACCGUUAGCCGUCCAGCGAGGAUGAAGCCGCGUUUCGCAACGUAGACGAGUGCAGAACGCACCAACAGGAAACAACGAAAAUGAAAUCUUCAAUCUCGCUCGUUUUCAUUAUUCGAUAAAUCGGAUAGCAAAUUUUUUCGCGAGUUUAGUUUCUAAACAGUAAAUAUGACACACAGGAAAUUCGAUCUCUUCAUGACUGAAAAUCGUACGUCUCGUGAGAAAAUAUCGAAUAAUAUAUUAUAAGAUCAUAAUUUUUCUUUCUAAAAUCGAUUUGUGAGAAUUUUCGAAAAUUCUUUAUGGGAAAAAGUUUGAGUCCAAUAUGAAAUGAACAGAUUACGAUACGAUUGAAAAUCUGUCGUUUCAUGUGCACCGUGUAAGGAGCCACGUGGUGACCUAAAAUGUGCUCGCGUCUUCAGUGAAAACUUUGAAACGGCCUAACGACAGUUUAGUGAUCGAACUGAGCCGCACCGCAUGGAAAACGCGUGGUAUCGUGCAGGAGGAAUUACACGUUACGGUGGAACUCUUGAAAUAGAAUAAGAUGCGACGAGGGUGUUGCAGCUGAUACGACAUUGCAGCUGAUGCGUGUUUAUAUUGUGAUUGGCAGAACCUUUUAAAAUGAUAUGUUAAAAGAACGAUAUACAGGAGGAUGAUAAUCGAGAAUUAUAUAUUAGUGUCAAAAGUGUUGGAAUUAAAUGAAAGUACACCUGUGUCAGAGUGGUGCCGCGUAACUUUUUAGAACGCGAGAUGCUGAGUGUCUCAGCCGCGUCCAGUCGAUUACUUUGGACGCUGAAAUCCAUUCUGUCACUGACACCGUCACCGACACCGACACCGUCACUGUCGCCGUCGUCGACGUCGACGUCGUCGUCGUCGUCGUCGUCGUCGUCGGUGUCGUCGUCGUCGUCGUCGUCGUCAUCGUCGUCGCCGUCGCCGUCGCCGCCGUCGCCGUCGCCGUCGUCGCCGUCGCCGUCGUCGUCGUCGUCGUUUUCGUCGUCGUCGUCGGCUUCGUCGUCGUCGUCGUCGUCGUCGUCGUCGCGGCGACCACCGUCGUUGUCACCCCUGUCAUUACCGUUACCAUCGACGUCCUCGUGGUUCUCGUUAUUGCCACCAUCAUUAUCAUCAUUGUUGCUGUUAUUCCCAUUGUUAUUACUAUCGAUACCAAUUUUCUCGUUAUCACCGUUCCCAUUAUUGUCGUCACAGCGGAAGGCCCGCGUGGCCUACUAAGAUGACCGCUCGUCUUCAUUCGUUGAGGCAUCAAGAAAAGAAAUCGGCCGGCAACACUCAUAGACAUUACCAUCAUCAUCAAUCGCAACAUCAACAGAGCGUGCACCAAGGACCGAGUCCGUCGGCCAGUCCUAGCCCUAGUCUUAGCCCGAGCCCUAAACACUCGGAUGGUCGUCGAGCUAACAAACCACUAAUGGAAAAGCGACGGCGAGCUAGAAUUAAUCAGUCGUUGGCGGCGCUGAAGGCGCUCAUUCUUGACAGCGCCCGGCUGGAGAACACGAAGCAUAGUAAACUUGAAAAAGCUGACAUUUUAGAGUUAACGGUUCGACAUUUACAAAGGCAAAGAUCCCUUGCUCAACCUGGUUUGUCGAGAUAUAAGGCUGGUUAUCAAGAUUGCUCCAGAGAGGUAAGUCGGUAUCUCGAUGCUCCGGAUAUAAUCACCGGGAACACGACACCGAUGGACCCUGCAGUGAAACAAAGGCUACUACGGCAUUUGGAUAGUUGCGUGUCGGAAUUAGACUUGGAUCUGGGUUCGAGGCCGGAUAGCGGAUUAGGCAGCAGUCCCGGAAGCGUGACGGAUCGAGUGACAGGCUCGGGAAGUCCCGGUCCGUUGGAGCAUCAUGUGCCAUCGACUGCACACUGUAGUACAACUUUGAAUCCGGUCGGCUUGAUAAAAGCCGAAAUACCGGAUAUCGAACCAGCCCGACCGGAUAGUAGUACUACCGCUGGCGAUGAAAACAACAAUAAUAGCAACAGCAGUAGCAACGGCAACAGCCGGCCAACUUCUGCCUUCGGUCAGGUUAAUACGACCAACCUUGAUUCUCAUCAUCAUCCACCUCCGCCUCCUCCGCCUGGUAUACCAGUUAUCGACCAGGCGUCUAGUUCACAGCAAAAUCCAAACAUGCUUUCGGUCGUGCAAGUGAUACCAUCCAGACUGCCCGAUGGUCAAGUAGUUUUCCUUCUUCCUAGUCAUUACGUUCAGCUCGCAGCUGCUGCCGCAGCGAACGGUAUCAGUAUCGGACCGAAUCCACCGACGGCCAUAUGGGCCGCCACUAACAUGUCUUUUCUCAAGGCGACGGACAAACUCGCCGCGAAACGGCCUCACGAGGAUAUACAGGAAUGGCAGGACGCGGCCACCGUUGCCGUGAAUGCUGCUGCUGCUGCUGUUGCCGCUACCGUCGCCGCUGCCGCUACGUCCGGCAACGCUUCUGUUUCCGCUUCCAUUUCCGCUUCCGCCCCCGUUUCUACCUUUGCUACCAAUGCCAUCUCAGCCAUUGGUUCUAAACCAAGUAAGAGUCCGCGACUCGAACAGCCGGAACAGCCGCUUGACUUUACAACUACCUCCAAGAAACCAAAAUCUAACACGAGAGCUUCGUUACCAGCUGUCGCUAACGUCGAGCACCACCUUCAGCAGCAGCAGCAACAGCAGCUUAUAGGUCGUUUAACCACGGAAGCAGCGAUCCCGCCGCACUCGGAAGACAGGCCGUCCAGCCACGCGAGUGGCGAGUUCGUCACGGGGAUUCGUUCGCCUUCUCCUCUUCAACAACCGCAACAACCUGCAAAAGACGAAGAAGGAAUGUGGAGGCCUUGGUAGAUUCUUAUUCAUGCCUCUGUGGUUGCGGAUCUACGAAAAUGUGCUAUCGUAUACAUUGUAUAGUAUCGUUGUUGGACAAUGAAACGAUGAGGAAAGAGUCACUUUUGGAAAAUCAUUUUCUACGUGUACGACAAGACACGAUGCACGUAUUGUAUUUUCGGAAUUCUGUAAAAGUGGAGCGAAUCUGUGUUUGAACCUCGUCGUCGUUUAAAAUACUGCGAUAAGGUGUGGAAUAAAGUUUGAGAGGGAUAAUAAAAGCGUUACCGACUAGCCCGAUUCUUGCAAUUAGUGCGCACUAUAAUCGAUAGAGGGACGAUUGGCAAGUUAAUUGGCGCAUAGUAAUUAUUUACAGUGUCAGUGUCCUAACAAAACUAAUGUACACUUGCUAUUUAGAUGUACGAAUUAUUACGUAGUGGUUUGUUACGACACGAUCGUUAUUCGUUCGUUUAGUGCAAGGAGUGCCUAAUUGAAGAGAAGCGCUAAUCAGGGAAGAAGGAAAAGACAUUGUGCAAAAUCUGCGUAUUACGAGGAUUCGACAAGCAUUAUCUGUUCGAAACAUUCAAAACUAACAGUAUAUAUGUAUACAUGUAUAUGAGAAAAAUCUAAUACGUUAUAGAAUCUAAGUAACGAAAAAGGGUUUCGCGCAUAGUACUUUUAUUCCGCCGUCGUGUACAUAAACCCCGAUUGGAAUUAUAACUAAUGCCAGAUAUAGAUUUAUUUUGAUGUUAACUAGGUGUAUAUGCGUACGAGACAACGUAGAGAGAAUGAAGCGAAUGGGAACGAAUCUGUGUAUCGUGAGUAAAUAGUGAAGAGACGUCAGUUCACGUUCUAGAUGAAUCACAGUUUUCAUCUAAAUAUACUUCUGUAACUGCUAUGUUGAGAUUCAAAAAUCCUUAUUCAAUGUACUUAGACAUCGGUCAAUAUAAAUAUGCAUACUGACAAGUCA